GUGCGAUGAAAAUCUUCAUUUAUCUCAGUCUGGUGAUCAUCCCAUCUAUUCUGGCAGACGUUCCAACAGGUUGUGCCACGAUCAAGAGUGUAGAAUCUGGAAAAUACCUUGCUGCUGACACCAAAACGCAAGGAGAGAAACUUAAAUUUAUCGUUGGCAAAAAUGAUGGCCAGGAACAGUGGGAAAUUGGUAAAGGUGACGAGGGUUACACUGUGAUGCAUAAAAAGAGUGGCGAAUUCAUGAUGGCUUUUGGAGCAGAUUUUGAUUCUAUUAGGUCUGUCUACUCCGUUAAACCUGAAACAACGGUUCAUACGAAAAAUUGGAAGAUUGAGCAAGUGGGAGACCAUUACAGCAUCAGUAACGUCAAACAUCCAGGAUGUCUGCACAUUGGAGAGUACGAUAAUGCUUACACCAAGGAUAAGGGAAACUGUUCAGAGGAUCAGUACAAGUGGGAAAUAAAGUCGUGCUGAUUGCUUUUUAUUUAAACUUGUUAGAUUCUGCAGCUAUCCAUUGAUAAUUAUGA